GAAGAUUGUUUAACAAGUGCGAAGAGAAAAGGGGAUAAAAGUUGUUUUCACAAACAAAGCAAUCAUAUUAUUGAAGUCUCAGUUGAAACGCCGGUAGAAGAUUGUUUAACAAGUGCGAAGGGAAAAGGGGAUUAAAGUUGUUUUCACAAACGAAGCAAUCAUAUUGUUGAAGUCUCGGUUGACAAAAUGGCAUGCAGCUCAAAGACACCCUCGAGAAGUAGAGAUGACGGUUUCAGGCAACUGUUGCCAUGGUUGAACGGGGGAAGGUCAUAUUUACAAGCAAAACAGCAAGACUUUCGAACAGUAAUCUUUCCAGGAAUGCUGGGCGAACAAAAUAAAGCUGCCGUCGAGCACACAAGUGCUGAAUUGGUUGCAAUGGCGAAACAAGCUUUGUCUAGAGCGGAGCUAGAUAUUGCUGAAAAACACUGUUCUCAAGCCGUACGAAAGCAAAUUCUAGAGAACAGGUCGAAAGAGGUGAGCUGGGAACCACAUUUCUGCUUAGGGGAAGUCCUGGAAACGAAAGCAGCGAAAAUUAACGGUAAUUCUUUAGAAAAGCAGAGACUUCUUCUUCAAGCAGGGUCGCUGUACAACUUCGUGAAGAACUGCAUAAAGAAAGGUCGUGCCGGCAAGGAUUGCUUGAUUGAGACAACGAAGGCGGUAUCUAAACGAUUGCUGAGUAUCCAAAACAACUUAGUGUUAUCAGCUGAAGGAGAUCCACUUCGAUGUGAUUUUGACUCAGAACUUGACAAGAAGGAGGUGGAGGAACUACGAAACGAGGCGAAAGAAUAUUUGGAAUCGUUAAAGCAGAAAAGGUCAGCCUACGAUAGCCAAGAGCACGAAAAACCGGAGAAGACCAACAAAUUUAUUGAACGGGCAUCGGAGAUUAGGAAAUUAUGCGAAGGAAUAUCAUCAAAAGUGAAACGGUUCCUGAGCAGAGUUAUCAGUCAAUGCGUCCAGGUGUUAGGAGAUCCGCCAUGCAACUACGAAGUUGUUGUUCUGGGGUCUUUGGCGCGAGAGGAAAUGACGCCAUACUCCGAUCUUGAAUGGGCCAUAUUGAUAAGUUCAGAAGAAGUGAAAUGCAAAGUGUUCUUUCGUAAUUUAACGAACUUGGUUCACUUACAGAUAAUCAACCUCGGGGAAACUAUUCUACCAAGCAUGGGUAUCAAAGCAUUGAGCGGUGAAUGGUUCUACGACAAUGUAACACCGAGGGGAUAUCCUUCGACGGAUUCCUUCCACAGGCAUGCAAGACACCGUUGGGAAACAUGA